AUGUCGCGCCUGCGACCGCUCGACGACCACGACGACCCCCCGGCCGACGCGCGGCCGCCCCCGGCCGCCCCCCGCGCCCCCGACGCCUCCGCCGCGCCGCCCCGGGACGGCGAGCCGCGCGCGAAACCGCCGCACGUCGUCUUCUUCCUCGCCGACGACGUCGGCUUCGGCGACGUCGGCUACAACGGCGACCCGACCCUCACGAACCGGGUGUCGACGCCCGUGAUCGACGCCCUCGCCGACGCGGGCGUCAAGCUUUCUCGAUACUACACGCAGCCCGACUGCACGCCGAGCCGCGCGGCGCUGCUGAGCGGCAAGUACCCGGCGACGACGGGCACGUACCACGGCGUUCUGAACCCCCAGAGCACCUGGGGGUUGCCCCUGGAGCACGCGCUCCUCCCCGAGGCGCUCCCCGGCGCCUACCGGAGCCACGCCGUCGGCAAGUGGGACGUCGGCCACUCGUCCGCGAAGCGCCUGCCCGAGGCGCGCGGCUUCGACAGCUUCCUGGGCUUCUACCUGUGCUUCUACGGCCCCAUGAUCGACUACUCGACCCACGAGAUCCACGACCACGACCUCGCCUGCGCCGGCGACGCCUGCGCGGCGGCCCUGGCCAAGUGCCAGGUUCGCGGGUCGACCGUCGCGGACUUCUCCGGCCUCGGCGGCCAAAGACGCGACUACGACGGAAUGUACACGACGGACGUCUUCGCGGAUCGCGCCGUGGAUUUGAUCGAGGCCGAGGCCGCGGACCACCCGCUCUUCCUCUACGUCGCCUUCAACGCCGUCCACGGGCCCCUGGAGGCCGACGAGGCCGACGUCGCCGCGUUCGAGGCGACGUUCCUCCCGGAGUCGGACUCGAAGCGCGCGACGUUCGCGGCCGUCGCGCUGGCCAUGGACCGCGCCAUCGGCCGCGUCGUCGACGCGUUGCAGGCGACGGGCGCCUACGAGAACGCUUUGGUCGUCUUCGCGUCGGACAACGGCGCGAUCCCGGGCCAGAUGGGCGGCGGCUCGAACUGGCCGCUCCGGGGCGGCAAGUUCUCCGCCUGGGAGGGCGGCGUCCGCGUGCCCGCCUUCGUCCACUCGCCGUUGCUCCCGGCGCACAUGCGCGGCGCCGUCUACGACGGGUUGUUCCACGUCGCGGACUGGCUGCCGACGAUCGCGGCCGCGGCGGGCGCCGCCGUGGACUCCGGCGACGGCGUGAGCCACUACCGGGCCCUCUUCGCCGACGGGCCCGCGCCGCGGUCGGAACUUUUAGUCCACGUCGACGUCUACGGCGUCGAGCUCGAGCCGCUGGGGUUCUCCACGGGCGCGUACCUCGAGGGCGACCUCAAGCUCGUCGUCGACGCCGUCGCCGCCAAUGUCUACGACUGGGUGCUCGACGGCGACGGCGACUACGCCGACUACUUCACGGCCACGGGGCUCUUCGACGUCGUCGCGGAUCCGGGCGAGACGACGGAUUUCUCGGCGGAGCGGCCCGACGACUUCGACCGCCUCUACGCCAAGUUCCGGCGCGCGGUCCGCGGCCUGCCGGCGCCGGAGUACGCGCUCCCUGCUCCUGCGUCGAUCGACGACGCCUACCUGCGCUGGGCGAAGAACGACUGCACGGUGUGCCCCUGGGAGGACGCGGCCGGCCCGCCGCCGGGCGGCCCGCCGCGAUGGCGCGGCGACGACGGCGACGACGACGCCAUCAGGCCGCGGCCCUUCCACGGAGAAGCGCCGCCGCGCGGCGACGACGACGACGCGCCUCCCACGACCGACGACGGCGCCGUCCCGAUGACACCGCCGCGCGGCCGCGGCGGCGCCGUUCCGCCGACGGGCGCCGCGCCGCGGAAAGGCGACGACGCCGCCUCGAACCCGCCGCACCUCCUCCUCUUCCUCGCCGACGACGCGGGCUUCGACGACGUCGGCUACAACUCGGACCCCUCGAAGACGAACCAGGUGCAGACGCCCUUCCUCGACUCGCUGGCCGCCGGCGGCGUCAAACUCGCCCGCUACUACACGCAGCCCGACUGCACGCCGAGCCGCGCGGCGCUCCUGAGCGGCAUGUACCCCGCGUCGUCGGGCAUGUACCACAAGAUGAUCACCGCGCAGUCGAACUGGGGCCUCGACCUCGACCUCGAGCUCAUCCCGCAGAGGCUGCCCGCGGCCUACCGGAGCCACGCCGUCGGCAAGUGGGAUGUGGGCCACUACACGUGGUCCCACGUGCCCCAAUUCCGCGGCUUCCGGUCCUUCCUGGGCUUCUACAGCCCCAUCAUCGACUACUACACGCACGAGACCUUCGACACGCUCCAGUGCCUCGAGGAGAUGGAGCUCACCGAGUGCGAGGCGCGGCUCGCGAGCGAGUGCUCCAGCAGCAUCAAGGACUUCAACUUCGACGGCGACCCGCUGCCGCUCGCCGACGGGACGUACAGCACGGACGUCUUCGCGGCGCGGGCGAGGGACCUGAUCCGCAAGGAGGCGCCGAAGCAUCCGCUCUUCCUCUACGUCGCCUUCAACGCCGUCCACGCGCCCCUCGAGGCGGACGAGGACGUCAUCGAGAGCUUCGCGAGUUCGUUCCUCGAGGAGGCGCGCGACGCGCGCGCGUCGUUCGCGGCCGUCGCGCUCGGCAUGGACCGGGCCAUGGAAGCCGUCGUCGACGAGCUCAAGGCCGUCGACGGCGCCUACGAGAAUUCCGUGAUCAUGUUCGCGUCGGACAACGGCGGCCUUCCGGGCCAGAUCGCCGGCGGCUCGAACUGGCCGCUCCGGGGGCAGAAGUUCUCGCCCUUCGAGGGCGGCGUGCGCGUGCCCGCGUUCGUCCACUCGCCGCUGCUCCCGGCGGCGCGGCGCGGCGGCGCCUACGGGGGCCUCUUCCACGUCACGGACUGGCUGCCGACGCUCGUCCGUCUGGCGGGCGGCGCGCCGCCGCGGAACGUCGACGGCGUCGAUCAAUACGAAGCAAUCUUCGGCGAGCACCCGGCGGAGCAUCCGCGGACGGAGCUCCUCGUCCACGUCGACGUCUACGGGAGGCAGCUCGAGCCCAUGGGCCUCGCGACGGGCGCCUACGUCGAGGGCGACAUGAAGUUGAUCGUGAACGCGACGGACGCGCUCUGGGCGGACCCGGACAGCACGGAUUACCGGACCGAGGACCAUCUCUGGACCGCGCAGGCCUUCUACGAGGCGGAGGUCGCCGCGGGCUGGGGCUCCUACGCCGACUACUUCCGCCACACGGCGCUCUUCAACGUGACGGGCGAUCCGACGGAGCGCUUCGAUCUCAAGGCGUCGCGGCCCCGGGAGCUCGAGCGGCUGAUGGCCAAGUUCCAAGCGGCCGUCGACGCGCUGCCGGAGCCGUCGUACACGCCCGUCGACUGCGAGCAGCAGGUCCGGGAGAAUUUAUGCAUGGACUGGGUCGACAACGGCUGCACCAUCAGCCCCUGGGCCACCCCCCGGCCCGUCGUCACGGAAGCGCCGUCGGCCGAGCCGACGCGGAAACCGCUCGCGAACGAUCGAUGCGCCUACGCGACGGACACGCGCGUGCGCUGCGAGUACCCCGGCGAGGUCUUCCUGGAGCUUCCGAACGUCGCGGCCUACUUUGAGUCCGUCGGCGUGGACCGCGCGGGCGCGUUGCAUACGUACCUCCCGGAAAAGUACGCGGUGGAGUACGACGUCGGCGCCGCGGACGAGGGCGCGCUCGCGUUCGGCCUCUACCUCCCAGAGUGCGACUCCUGCGGCCCGGAGAUCAUGGACGCCGACGACCAGGUCUACGACGCCGUCACGGGCGACGGCACGUACAUGACUUUCCUCGUCGUCGCUGCCUUCGACGGCGCGAUUUUGAAAGCCGCCGUCGUCACGGAUUUCGACGACGGCUACGGGUCCACGCGCGUCGACGCCGUGAAGAUGCACGACCCCGAGACGGUCGUCGCCUACACGAACGUGGACCGCACGGAGAGCGGGUAUCUCUACACCUGGGCCUGGAACUCGGACGACGCGCCGCGGCGCGUCAACGACCACUGGACGUCGAGCAGCCACGACGUGCAGCUCGGCCCGCCGGUCGAUUCCGCGGUCUACCCCAGCGCCUACUACUGGCAGCCCGACGACACCGUGUUCACGAAGCGGCGCAUCUCCGACGGCGCGAUCCUCGAGCGGUACGACAUCGGCGACAUCUGCGUCUUGCCCGCGGAGGACGACUCCGUGAUGCCGGGCGGGUCCAUGAACCACCUGCAGCUCAUCGACGACGAACAGUUCGCCUUCAUCUCCUGCCGCUGCGGGGCGAUCCUGCUCUACGACCUCGCCGCGCGGCGGCCCGUCUGGAUCGCGGGCGGCGAAUACUCGACGCUCGAGGUUUCGGUGGCCGACGGCGUCAAACUCACCGCGCGCAAGGCCGUCGACGUGCCCUGGUUCGGCCAGCACAACGCCGAGCUCUUCGGGGACGCCGUCUACAUGUUCGACAACGGCUACGACAUGCUGCGGCCGUCGCGCGUGCUCCGCGUCGCGAUCGACGAAAUAGCAAAAACGGCCGUCGUCGACUGGGCCUACGAGAUCCCCUUCGACUACCCCUACGGCUACGCCGAGAUCUUCGGGGACGCCGAUUUAUUGCCGAGCGGCAACGUGCUCACGUGCUACUGGCCCAUGCGCCUCGCGCCGUCGCUGGGGGCGGACGCGGACGCGACGUUCCUUGAGGUCACGCCGGCCGGUUCGAUCGCGUGGCGCGCGGACUUUUACGACACGGGCGCGACGACGGCGGGCCCCUGCGAGGACGACAGCAACCCGGGCUGCGAGCGCAACAAGCACGUCGGCUGGAAGGCCUACUCCCUCGAGCGCUUCUACGCGGCGCCGCUGGUCAAGGACGCGACGAUCGACGGGUCCGCCGUCGAGUUCACGGCGCACGCGGCGCUGAAGCGGGCCCACCCCGGGGACGGCGCCUGGGCGCUCCUCGACGGCGACGGCGUCGCCAUGAAGACCGGGUCCUUCACCUUCGCGACGCAGCAGAUGGCGACGAGGGUCGCGGUCCGCGCGCCCACGAGCGACGCGGCCGCGGCGACGCUCCGCGUCUCGGACGAGUGGGGGCAGACGACGGACGUGGCGCUGACGAACCUCGCGGCGCCGUCGCCGGCGUGCACGGCGUUCCAGGGGUACGAGGACCUCGAGAAACACCGCUACGGCGAUCAGUGCCCGAUCUGCUUCGACAACUGGGUCGACAUCGACCCCCCGCCGGGGGUCCCGCGGACCGUGCUGCAGAGCUGCUGCUGCCGCGCGACGUGUCACAGGUGCAGCCUGAAGAUCCGGGGCAAGCCGUGCCCGCUCUGCCGGAAGCCCUGGCCGAAGACGCACGCGAUGAUGCUCGCGUACCUCCGGAAAAACGUCGACAGCGGCGUGCCCGAGGCCAUGAACCAGCUCGGCGACUUCUACCGCUUCGGCAGGGUCGACGCGUCGGGCAGGAAGAACCCGAACAAGGCGGCGAACUGUGUGGAAAUCAACCAGUGA